AGUUUAGCCACAAUGAGACGAAGCUCAAGUACUACCGGGAGUAGUAGUCGGCAAUCUGUGAUGGCACUGAGAGUACAGGACACCAACAAGAUGGGUCUCCAGACACCUCAAAUGAAAGACAGAGGAACAUUUGGGAAACUGAGCAUGAGCAAACCUACGUCUGGAACUUCUGAAAGAAAAGUCAGCUUUUUUGGGAAAAGAACUAGCAGUGUUGGAGGUUCACGCAACAGUCAGUAUGGUGUGUUUGGUACAGAAAAGAUCAAGGAUCCCAGGCCACUUCAUGACAAGGCAUACAUUCAACAAUGUAUCAAACAGCUUUGUGAGCUUCUUGUUGAGAAUGGUUACGCCCAUAAUGUCUCCGUGAAAUCAUUACAGUCUCCCUCUGUUAAGGAUUUCUUAAAAAUCUUCACCUUUAUCUAUGGAUUUCUCUGUCCUUCUUAUGAACUGCCUGAUUCAAAAUUUGAAGAGGAAAUUCCCAGAGUUUUUAAAGAGCUUGGGUACCCUUUUCCUUUGUCAAAAAGCUCCAUGUAUACAGUGGGAGCACCACACACAUGGCCUCAGAUUGUCACAGCUUUGGUUUGGUUAAUUGAUUGUGUCAAGCUGUUUUCUGCCAUAAGGGAAAACGCACCAUCGUUUGAUGAUGGACAGAGCUGGGGAGGAGAGACAGAUGACGGAAUUGUACAUAAUAAGCUUUUCAUGGACUACACUGUGAAGUGCUAUGAGCACUUCAUGAAAGGGGGAGAUACUUUUGAAGAAUUUGAUGCAGAAGUGCAGUCAAAAUUAAAGGAUUUAUUUAACAUAGAUGAAUUCCAGAUAGAUGGUUUAGCUGCAGAAAACAAAAGGCUUCAUGAAGAGAUUGCAAGACUAGAAAAAGAAAGGGAAAGUGAGCCGGAUCGUUUAGUAUCACUGCGAAAGCUGAAAUCUUCAUUGCAAGCAGAUGUCCAGAAAUACCAGGCUUAUAUGGCAAAUCUAGAGUCUCAUACAGCCAUUCUUGAUCAGAAAAUGAAAAGUGUUAAUGAAGAAGUUGAGACAGCAGAAAUGGAAGUAGAAGCAAUGAAGCAGGAAAAUACUCGACUCCAGUACAUCUUUGAUAACCAGAAGUACUCGGUUGCUGACAUUGAGAGAAUAAAUCAUGAGAGGAAUGAGUUGCAGCAAACCAUCAACAAACUGACUAAGGAACUGGAAGCAGAAGAACAUCAGCUGUGGAAUGAGGAGCUAAAAUAUGCCAGAAAUAAAGAGGCGAUCGAAACACAACUGGCAGAGUAUCAUAAACUGGCUAGAAAGCUGAAAUUAAUUCCAAUAAGUGCUGAGAAUUCCAAAGGCCACGACUUUGAGAUUCAGUUUAAUCCUGAGGCAGGACCAAAUUGUCUCGUCAAAUAUAGAACUCAGAUUAAGGCUCCCCUUAUGGAGAUCAUAAACCAGACUGAGGAAGAAAUUAGAAAAGCUACUCACCGGAAAAUGGGUUUGGAAGAUACUUUAGAACAGGUGAACACAAUGAUAGAGGAGAGGAAAAGCAGUGUGAAAAUGCUGAAAGAAGAAGCUGAAAAACUGGAUGAUCUUUACCAUCAGAAGCUUAAGGAGGCAGAAGAAGAAGAGCAAAAAUGUGCAAAUGAGCUGGAACUGUUAGAGAAGCACAAACACUUACUUGAGAGUGGUGUCAAUGAAGGUCUCAGUGAAGCCACAAAUGAAUUGCAUGAUAUUCAGCGACAAUACCAGGUUGUUAUGCAAACAACAACUGAAGAGAGCAGGAAAGCGGGUGAUAACUUGAAUCGUCUUCUAGAAGUGAUUACUACUCAUGUAGUAUCUAUAGAGAAAUAUCUUGAUGAACAGAACGUGAAAAUUGACAGAGACUAUGAAGAAUUCAUGUCUGAAGAUCUAUUGUCAACCUUGACCAGAAUUCUAGACAGCUACAAAAGGAAGGCUGAAAGUGUAUAAUUACCAAAAGAUGAAAAUUUUGCAUUUGUGAAGCUCUGUGUAUUUAUGGAAGAUUACAAAUGUCUUGACAAGACAUGACAAGACAAUGACAAGAAAAUGACAACAAAACUGUGGAACAACUUAAUUUUUCUUUAUAACUGUGCUCUACUAGGAAUACUCAACAGACUGACUGUAUUCUUGCCUUACUAAAAUAAUAAGCCAGAGUGCGCUCAGAGAUGGGACUGCAAGUGACAGCACAAUGCAGAGGGUACUGUCGAUUUGAAAUACUGCUAUUCAACAAUAACUACCUAGUAAUCUUACAGGUUUACAAAAAAACAUUAAUAAGUGGGAAAAAGAGUACGCUUUCCUUUUUGGGGUGUAGUUUGUACAUUUGGUAGUACAUAUAUAGUACACGUUUAGACUGACAAUGCAUGUCCUUCCCAAAGCCUUCAAGAAAGUUCAUCAGCAAGACUAAAGGUAAAUGUUUUCCAGUCUCCCACCUAUUUGCGAUUAUCUAUGAAACUGCCCAGAGACAGUGAUUUAAAAAAAAGGAAAGAAAAGCCAAAGCUUCUUUGGAAAGAUGAGCAACAGUUAUAGAGCAGUCUUGUCUAUGUCUAAAGAAUAAAACUUUGUUUUCAAACUAACUAAUCUUUUAUCUCUAACUGGUCAUGCUCCCAGAUGAAACCUUAAUGUACUUCCUUAAUAUGUGUACCAGAGAGAGCUGUAGGUAGGACAGCAUAUGAAUUCUAGCAAUAGAGUUAAUCACUUUUAGAUGUAGUUAAUGUUGAAUACAUCAAAAUAUUCAAAAAUGAGCCUUUUGUUGUUAAGCUGGUAGGCCAGAAUCUAUCUGAUUUUCUUCCUUAAUAAAGCAGCAGUAAAGUUAGCGUACAGGGAGAUCUAGUCCAAAUACAUGGAAGAAAAUGUAACCGCAUCUCUUUACAUGAACUUCUGUUUCCUGCUCAAUGCCACGUUGCGAGUGGAAGUAGUAUCUGCUUGUCUACUCUGUAUAAACACUUCUUUUUUUAAAGUAGCAUGUAUUGCCUUGGACAAUUUAAUUUAUGAUGGUAUUUCCUAAUUAAAAUAUUGAGGUAUUUGAGGUUUUGACUAGAGUUCAAUGAUAAAUAUCAUUGAUUCAAGCACACAACAAUAAAAAAACUCUGCAGUCUGUUCAAGUGGUGCCUAUGCUUAUUGAAAGUUUAGAGGCCAAUACCUCAAGAAAGUUACUCAUUCAUUCUACAAUUAGACAAAAUAUUUGAGUGAAACACAGAUCAUGCAAACACAGAUGCACAACUUAACCUCUGAAAACAGACUGUUGUCUUUAUUUUAUUUUAAUUUUAAUCUCUCACAAACUGAGUUGUCUUUAAUUCUAGACAAUUUGUUCAGUGUGUAUAAAAUUCAGUUGUCCUUAAUACAGUAUGUGAAUCUUUGACUCCAGUACGAGUAUUUUGUUUCAGCCAUUAUGCUAACGACGGCUGUAAUUAAAUUUCUAAGUUUCUGUUCUUCUGUUACUCUCCAGAAAUUGAAUUUCACAGCUAUAAAAGCUUUCUAACAAGCAGAGUAGUUCUGCUUUUUUGUUAUCCUCUAUAACUUUACCUUUGCAAAAUCUUAUUUUUUUUAACAGCUUAACUCUUAUCAAAUCUCAGUUCCCUCUCUUUAGAGGUUUCUUUUGUGAGCUUUCUAACACUUUUGUGUUCUCUGCAGCAAUAUCCUACUUAAUUAAACAAAAGUGUGAAACAUAUACAGAACAAUCAUCAUGUGGCUUUUUUUUUUUAAUAAGUGCUCUUUUAGGGACUACGCUUUUUCUUGGCUUUCCGAUGCCCGUUUUUUCUCUGAUUCUGUAACAGACUGUCCUUGUGUGUAUUAGCAUCUGUAGCUUCUUUGCCAUGUGACCUUUCUUCAUGUAUGGGUGAACGUAAUACUCUGAAAUUAAAAUAGUCUGAAUAGUAAAAGUCCACAUUUGUAAUGUUAGCAACAUGUUUUUAUUUUUAGGCUAAGCUACGGGCCCAUAUGUCACGUUAACUGAAUUGACUUCAGAAUCAGCUGAGGCACUGACCUAGGUUCUGUAAAAUACUAUGGGGAUUUUUUGUCACAAUAUAACUUAUAGCUGUUUUGUUUUACUAACAUCAGCUGAUGUCUGCUAGGUAAUACUUCAGCUUUUAAAACAGAGGGUAUUUUUCAGCACUUCUUUAAUGUAGAGCUUCUGUAGGAGUUGGCUACUUAAUUAUUUCUUAAAUUGUUUGCUAUUCAGUUAUUUUUUAAUUACAUUUGUGUAAUAGAAUUUCUACCACCUAUCUGGAAGGUUUGCAAGCUAGCUGGUGGACUUUAUUCAUCUAAAGGAGGUCUUAAUCUGGAACGUGGCUUUUUAAUUUAUGCAAUAGACACUAGAAAAUAAUUACUGCUCUUAAUGUAGGAGGGCUUUUUUUUUUCUUUUAAUUGGAAUGUAAGAUCUUAAUCAGAAACAUCUAGCGCUGGUACCUGCAUAUUUCAGUGGUAUGAGUAGUUUGUAAUUUUUUGGCUUUUGUAUAGAUACCAUUCCCCCAUUUGUUGCUCAGGUAUCCAUUGUACAGUUUACCUGCAUAAUAUGCCUUAAGUCUAUGUAUUUUAUAUUCAAUAAAACUUCUUUAAA